AAUCAUUUAGGAUCAAUACGUGGUGGACACUAUACAACUUAUGCAAAAAAUUUUAAAAAUCAUCAAUGGUAUCAUUUUGAUGACACAAGAGUUUCUCAUGUGACCGGUGAUAUUGAACAACAAAUUAUUAAUCAAAAUGCUUAUAUACUCAUUUAUUUGAAAGAUACACCAAAUUAUCAAACAUUCUAA